AUGCCCCCGGGAGAGGUGUGCGCAUCGCUCAGCGCUGCCCGCGGGAACCUCCACUGCACCUCGGGGAGCGGCACGGGAAAGCUUCCUCCUCCUGCGGCCGCCGCCCGGACCAGUUCUUUCUUUUAUUAUUUUGAACUUCCUUUCCCCGAGCUGUUCCCGCCCGUCUGCCACCCUGCAGGGGCCGGGUCGGACCAGGACCGUGUGAAGCGCCCCAUGAACGCCUUCAUGGUGUGGUCGCGGGGCCAGAGGCGGAAGAUGGCCCAGGAGAACCCCAAGAUGCACAACUCGGAGAUCAGCAAGCGCCUCGGGGCCGAUUGGAAGCUGCUGAGCGAUGCCGAGAAGCGGCCCUUCAUCGACGAAGCCAAGAGGCUUCGGGCCGUGCACAUGAAGGAGUACCCGGAUUACAAAUACCGGCCCCGGAGGAAGACCAAGACCUUGCUGAAGAAGGACAAAUACUCGCUGCCGGGCAACCUGCUGGCCCCCGGAGGGGGCAACGCGGUGAGCAGCCCCGUCGGGGUGGGCCAGAGGAUUGACACUUACGCCCAUAUGAACGGUUGGACCAACGGGGCUUACUCCCUGAUGCAAGACCAGCUGGGCUACGGGCAACACCCGGGCAUGAACAGCCCGCAGCUGCAGCAGAUGCACCGCUACGACAUGCCGGGCCUGCAGUACAGCCCCAUGAUGUCCACGGCGCAGACCUACAUGAACGCCGCCUCCACCUACAGCAUGUCCCCCGCCGCCUACGGCCAGCAGCCCUCCACGGCCAUGAGCCUGGGCUCCAUGAGCUCGGUGGUGAAGUCCGAGCCCAGCUCGCCUCCGCCGGCCAUCACCUCACACUCGCAGAGGGCCUGCCUGGGAGACCUGCGGGAUAUGAUCAGCAUGUACCUGCCCCCGGGGGGCGACGCCACAGACCCUUCGGCCCUGCAGGGCAGCAGGUUGCACAGUGUGCACCAGCACUACCAGAGUGCCGGGACUGCCGUGAACGGCACCGUACCACUAACUCACAUAUAAACAAACUGGCCUCCUCCGGACGGCUCCUCAUCGCAACCCCAGCACCGGGACGUGCGGUUCACCAGACUCGAUACUAACUUGGGAGAAAUUUUAAGCAGAAAAUCCGUUAGUUGUCUUCUUUUUUUUCCUUUUGUACAAAAUGAUUUGAGCAAUCUGUUCUUUUAACAGAGCACGACCGCCUCCUAAAGCCCCGUGAAGUUCUUAAGCCACGGCGACUCUCCCGGUCUCCGCGGGGUUGGGCGAAGUUUUGUUCGCUUCCAAGUCUUAAAGAUGGUGCAUCUCCCCGUUCGAUUUUAGCGUUGCAAUGACAAAACGAAAAACCGACCCGGCGGGUGUUGUUUUCAAACUCAGUUGUUCCGUUGUUUACAUUUUCGUUGUGGUUACUGAAAGUGUUGUUCUUCCCACCUUGCCGAGUGCCGCUCGGUUCGUGUCCACAAUUCGUAGUUUUUAACUUUAGGGUUUUGUUCCUACGGAAAGGGGGCGGUGGGAGAGAGCUGUGCGGGUCGCAAACCCUUUCUUUUAUUUAUAGCAAGUUGUGUGUCUGGGUUUUUCUUAAGCUGUAAACUUAUGUAAAUCGGUUUGUGAAUUUUACUGUGAACGAUGUUUUGACAUAUCAGACGAAGAAACGUUUUAAUUUUUUUUGU